AUGUGGACAUCAAAUCAAACAUUGGGAUAUAUGUGUCUCUCUGCACAUUACAUCACUAAUGAUUGGAAACUGAAAAAACAUAUUAUCAAUUUUAAGUUGGUUCCUUCACCACACACAGGCUUAGUCAUUAGUGAUGCUAUAGCUAACUGUAUUUUAUCUUGGAAUAUUGAGAAAAGGUUGGGUUCAAUCACUCUUGAUAAUUUGUCAGCAAAUACAGUUGUAGCAACAGAACUUCAAAAACAAUUUAGAAAAGAUUUACUUUUGGAUGGUAAAUUCUUUCAUGUGCGUUGCUGUGCACAUAUUCUUAAUUUGAUUGUGAAGGAUGGGUUGAAGGUAGUGGAGGGUGCUAUUCAUAGGAUCCGUGAGGCUGUUAAAUAUAUAAAAUCAUCUCAAGGAAGGUUGGAAUUGUUUAUGGGAAUUGUGAAACAGUUCAAGAUGAAUGGUAAGAAAAGGAUAUGCAUAGAUGUACCUACUUGUUGGAAUUCUACAUAUCUCAUGUUAAAUGAUGCUAUACAAUUUAAGGAUGUAUUUAUGCGACUUGUGGCCCGGGAUCCUAAUUUUGAUAAUGCGCCAACUGAUCAGGAAGAUUGGUCUCAAGGCAUUAUUAUUUGUAACUUAAAGGUUUUUCAUCUUAUAACUGAAGUUUUUUCACAAACAAAAAAUCCAACUGCAAAUUUGUAUUUCUAUGAAAUUUGGAGAAUCAAUAUGCUCUUGAUUGAAGAAUCUAGGAGUUCAAAUGUAGUUGUGAUGAUGAUGGCUUUAAAGAUGCAAGAAAAAUUUGACAAAUAUUGGAAGGAAUGCUCUCACAUUCUUGCUGUAGGGGUUGUUCUUGAUCCAAGACAUAAGAUGAAUCUUAUUAUUUAUUGCUUUCAGACAAUCCAUGGUAAUGGUGAUCGUGCUUCAUUUGAGAUCAAUAAAGUGCGUGAAGUUCUUCAAACUUUUUAUGAUAAUUAUGCAAUUUUAUAUGGCACAAAUGUCUCUCUUGUUCAAGUGGAUAAGAGGGUGUCUACAUCCCAAGGUGGAAGAGAUGAGAAUCAUUUUAUGCAUGGCUAUAAAGAAUUCAUCCACGGAGUACAAGUUACCCAACCAUCGAAGUCAGAAUUAGAGACCUAUUUGGAAGAGAAGGUUCAUCCAUUAGAAGAUCAAAAUUGUGACAUUCUACAGUAUUGGAAAUUCAAUGAAUCAAAAUAUCCAAUAUUGUCUAGGAUGGUACGUGAUAUCUUAGCAAUUUCUGUUUCUACCGUUGCAUCUGAGUCUGCCUUCAGCACUGCUGGCAGGGUUUUGGAUAAUUUUCGUAGCAGUCUAUCUCUGAAUACGGUUGAGGUAUUGAUAUGCGCACAAGAUUGGCUUCGAGAUAGCUUGCCUCAUCUUGCAGAUAUUCCACCUCCUCAUACAAAAUACAAGGUUGAAGAUUACGAAACUGUUGUUGAUAUUAAUACCGAUGAUUAGCUUAUGCUGGAUGGUGGUAAUCUAUCUUAAUUGAUGUUCUUGAUUGUUUCUGCCGUGCGGGUGAUCCUUUAGCUGUGGUCGAAUGGAUGAAGAAAAUUGUGGUUCAUUAUACAUGUUCUUAGUUAUGUAAUUCUAAAAUUCACUGAAUAUGAUGCUGAUGCUGUGAUGCAUCCUUUUUGGAUUGUCAUAUGGGGUUGAAUUUUGCUUUGAAAAAUUCUGUGAAAAAUUGGUUCAACUUUUGAGCUUCAUCCUUCUACAUGAAUAUCUUCUGCUUUCCCUUUUUGUACUA